AAAAUUUGUUUUAAUUAUUUUAAUUACACUUUAAUUUUUUUGUUAAAACAGCCUCUUCUUCUCUCACCGAACACCAUUUCUCACUUUUCUCUCUCUUUCCCAUUCUAUCCUUCGAAGAUUCUCUCUCUAUUGUCGUCUAAGGAAAAUUUGAGGGGGAAAAACCCCUCUUUUUUUUUUUCCUUUUCUUUUUUCUUUUUUUGGUUACUCAAAUUUUGAAUUUAUUGAAGAAUUAAGGGUUUGAAUUUAUGUCCUAUAAUCAAUCAAAGUCCGAUAAGAGCGACGCCACAUAUCGACGGACCACCGGCCGAUCCGCCAGCUUCAAUCAACACCGAGGUAACACCGGCGGUGCUUCUUACGUUAAGGCCGGCACCGGCGCCGCCGCGCCUUCUCUCUCCUCUUCUCGGAGUUUUAACAAGAAACCUAAUAAUCAUGCACAAGGUGGACCAUCUAGGGUAAACCCUACCCAGGCGAAUUCAGCCGAGUCUAAUUAUGCUUCUGCAGUCCGAGCAACACCGAAUGGUUCCCAUGUACAGCCGCAAUUUCACGGAGGGUCUGGUGCAUCAGUUACAAAUGCAACUGCCAAGCCAUCUGAAUCAUCAGCUGCACAGAGAAGCACCGUUGUUCCUAAAGCUCCUAUUUCUCAAUCUCCCUCCGUGAGUUCUGAUUCGGUAGCACCUACAACUCCUGUUAAGGCAGGAGAUGCAUCUAAAGCAUUCCCUUUCCAAUUUGGAUCUAUUAGUCCUGGCACUGUGAAUGUGAUGACAAUUCCUGCUCGCACAAGCUCCGCUCCUCCUAAUAUAGAUGAGCAGAAGCGUGAUCAGGCUCGUCAUGAUUCUUCAAGGCCCGUUCUUCCUGUGCCAAUACCUCCUGUUCCAAAGCAGCUGCCAGUGAAUAAGGGUGCAGGUGUGACUGGCCAAUCUAAAGGUGGGGAGGCUCAUACUGGUACAAGGGCAAAACAGGAUACUCAAGUGUCAUCUUUACCCCCAGCUAGCCUGAUGCACAAGCCUUCUGUUAUUCCUCAUCCUGGAAUUUCAAUGUCAAUGCCAUAUCACCAGUCACAGGCACCUGUACAUUUUGGUGCUGCUAAUCCACAAAUUCAAUCUCAUGCUUUACCAAUGCCUUUUCCAAUUGGAAACGCUCCACAAGUGCAACAACAGGUAUUUGUUCAUCCCAUGCAUCCACAAGGAAUGAUGCAUCAAGGCCAAAAUAUAGGUUACGGUCCUCAAAUUGGUCAUCAAUUGCCCCAUCAGUUUGGAAACAUGGGUAUGGGCAUCAACCCACAAUAUUCGCCACAGCAAGGAGGAAAAUUUGCUGUACCUCGUAAAACUACUCCUGUGAAAAUAACUCACCCUGAUACCCAUGAAGAGCUUAGACUUGAUAAAAGGGCCGAUGAUGGUGGGUCAUCAGGUGCUAGGUCUCAUUCUGGCAUGCCCUCUCAAUCUCCAUCUGUCCAGCCGUUUGCUGCUUCUCAUGCUCAUAUAACACCUAACAUUCAGCCACCAAGAAUUAAUUAUGCCGUGAGCCACGGUUCACAAAAUGUUGGUUUUACUAAUUCAUCAUCUCAUACUUCCCAGCCUGACAAUAAAACUGUUACUUCUAUUCCUGGCAAUGUUGUACCACGUAAUCUAGAAUUUUCCCGUGAUGCGCCUAAAGCAAUCUCGCCAACUCUUAUAGGAGUAUCGUCUGUAUCUAUAAAGCCAAGUGGUGCAUCUGAUAAAGUGGACUCGUCAUUUUCCAAUUCCAAUAUUUCUGGUGCUCAAAAGGGUGGAUCUCCUAGUUCCUCAGUAAUAUCUAGUGGUGCUCACCCUUUAGUGCCACAUAAAGGGCCUGUAAUUUGUUCUGAAAUCUCUUCGCCACAAUCUAAUGCUGCAUCUGCUUCUACUGAGAAGAUCACAUCAGCUUCCUUGUUGCCUUCUUCAACUGCUUUUAGUGAGCAUUCUGUUUCAGUAGUAUCCAAUAAUGAAGGCAGAAACAAGGAAUCUCUUAGUAGGUCAAAUUCUUUGAAGGGUAAUCAGAAGAAACUACAGAAGAAAGGCCAAUUGCAGCAUCAGGUGGCUGUACAAUCUUCUACGGUGGCUAAUGAACCUUCCCUACCUGUUGAUGGUGGUAUCUCUGAUUGUGUAGUUUCUGAAGUUGUAGGAAAUAAAACAACCUAUUCUGCAGCAAUUGCUAAAGAAGAUCUAUUAACAACAGUUGCUAGCGCAUUUUCAGCUACCAGUGAGAGCAUGUCUUCUGUUGAAGAAAAGACCAAUGGUUCUACACAGAUUUCUGCUUGUGCUUCAGCUGAAGGACCUGUUACUCAAGCUGUGGAUAGUUUGAACAAUCAUAAAAUUGAUGAGCUAGAUGAAUUAUCCCAGGAGGAUAAACUAUUGAGGCAGAACGAAUUAGUUGGCGAUAAAACUGAAAUUUCAACUGUGCAGAGUGAUGAUACGGCAGACUUCAACCCCCUCAAAAAAGGGGCUUCAGAGUUAAGCACUGGGGUUAUACCUUUGAGGACUGGGCUGCAAGGACAGGAUGAAAUUGAAUCUGCAAGUUGCAACACAGAUUGUGACCGGAUGGCUGAUAAUUUAGGCAUAUCGACUUCUGUAUUGGAUUCUAAAAAUGUCUCUUUAAGCAGAAAUGACAGUGUAGUUAGUAAUGAAGAUACAUCUACAAAUUCUGGCACAUCAGAUCAUCAAUCUUCUGGCUAUCUCGAAACAACAUCAAAACAGUGCAAGGAUAGUUCAGAGGAUUCUGGCACUGGCUCAGAGUCUCUUCCCGCAGCAUCUGUUACUGUGGACAGGCCAAUUUUAGAGCCAAGUAAGGUGAAAGGUACAUCAAAGGGGAAAAAGAAACGAAAGGAAAUUCUUCAGAAGGCAGAUGCUUCUGGUUCAACAUCUGAUCUUUAUAACGCUUACAAGGGACCUGAGGAAAAUAAAGAAGCUGUUGCAACUUCAGAGAGCGCUGCAAAUGUUUCUACUUCUGAAAAUUUGAAGCAGCUGCUGAUGGAUGCUGCUCAGCCAGCUACAGUUGCAAAUGAACAGUCUAGACAGAGUAAGGCCGAGCUUGAGGACUGGGAGGAUGCUGCUGACAUAUCCACACCAAAGCUAGAAGUAUCAGAUAAACCUCAACUGGAUAGCAAUGGAAGUGCAAUUACUGACAAAAAGUACUCUCGAGAUUUCCUUUUGAAAUUUGCAGAGCAAUGCUCUGAUCUUCCUGUAGGGUUUGAAAUCACGGCAGACAUAGCUGAAGCGUUGAUGAGUUCCAAUAUUGGUUCUCAUGUUCUUGAACGCACACAUUCUUCUACUGGAAGAAAUACAGAUAGGUCAGGUGGGGUGACUCGGAUGGAUCGUCGUGGAAGUGGUGUUAUUAAGGACGACAAAUGGAAUAAAGUUUCUGGUGCUUUUCGUUCUGAUUUGCGUUUGGAUGUAAUUGGAGGUAAUACAGGAUUCCGACCUGGCCAAGGAGGUAAUUCUGGUGUUUUAGGGAAUCCACACACACCGACAGCUUUGCCGUAUGGUGGAGCGAUUCUUUCUGGGCCAAUGCAAUCCAUGGUAAAUCAGAGUGGAGUGCAAAGAAAUAGCCCUGAUAGUGAAAGGUGGCAGCGUGCUGCUAACUUCCAGCAGAGAGGUUUAAUUCCAUCUCCUUCUCAGUCUCCUUUGGUGACGAUGCACAAAGCUGAAAAGAAGUAUGAGGUGGGCAAAGUGACAGAUGAGGAACAGGCGAAGCAGAGGCAGUUAAAAGGCAUAUUGAACAAGCUAACUCCCCAGAAUUUUGAGAAGCUUUUUGAGCAGGUAAAAGCAGUUAAUAUUGACAAUGCAGUCACUCUCACUGGUGUCAUCUCACAAAUCUUUGAGAAGGCCUUGAUGGAACCUACCUUCUGUGAAAUGUAUGCAAAUUUCUGUUUUCAUCUGGCAGUUGCAUUGCCUGAUCUUAGUCAAGACAAUGAAAAAAUAACAUUCAAGAGAUUAUUGUUAAACAAGUGCCAGGAAGAAUUUGAGAGGGGUGAAAGAGAGCAAGAAGAAGCUAAUAAAGCUGAUGAGGGUGAGGUGAAACAGUCUGAUGAGGAAAGAGAAGAGAAACGAACCAAGGCUAGAAGACGAAUGUUGGGUAAUAUCAGAUUAAUUGGAGAACUAUAUAAGAAGAAAAUGCUGACAGAGAGGAUAAUGCACGAGUGCAUCAAAAAGUUACUGGGUCAGUGUCAGAAUCCUGAUGAAGAAGAUAUUGAAGCUCUGUGCAAACUGAUGAGUACUAUUGGGGAGAUGAUUGACCACCCCAAAGCCAAGGAACAUAUGGAUGUAUAUUUUGAAAGGAUUAAAUUAUUAUCAAACAACAUGAACUUAUCUUCUAGGUUGAGGUUCAUGUUGAAAGAUACCAUUGAUUUGAGAAAGAAUCGAUGGCAGCAAAGGAGAAAGGUUGAAGGUCCAAAGAAGAUUGAAGAGGUGCACCGAGAUGCUUCCCAAGAGAGGCAAUCCCAAGCAGGUAGGACGGGUCGUGGUAUGGGUAUUAAUGCGGCAAGAAGGGUCCCUAUGGAUUUUGGUUCAAGAGGCUCAUCUAUGUUAUCCUCUCCUAAUGCUCAGAUGGGUGGAUUGCCUACUCAAGUUCGUGGAUAUGGUUCUCAGGAUGCCCGUGGGUAUGAAAGGCAAUCUUACGAGGCUAGGACACUGUCUAUUCCCUUGCCUCAAAGGCCUUUAGGUGAUGACUCAAUAACCUUGGUACCCCAAGGUGGUCUUGCUAGAGGAAUGUCCAUUAGAGGUCCACCUGCAGUUUCAAGCUUUGCUGGUCCUAACGGUUAUAGUACUUCAUCGGAUCGCACUUCAUUCAACCCUAGAGAGGACCUCACAUCAAGAUAUGUUCCGAAUAGAUUUUCUAGUCCAAAUCAAACAAGUGCUCAUGAGCAUAAUAUGAAUUAUGGCAACAGGGAUCUAAGAAAUGCAGAUAGGUUACUUGACAGACCUGUUGUAAUUUCACCUCCUGCUCGAGCACAAGAGACGACAGUCUCCCAGAAUACCUCGUCAGAAAAGGGCAUGUCAGAAGAGCAACUACAGAACAUGUCCAUGGCAGCAAUUAGAGAAUACUACAGUGCUAGAGAUGUGAACGAAGUUGUUUUGUGCAUCAAAGAUCUGAACUCUACAAGCUUUCAUCCUUCCAUGGUUUCUGUCUGGGUCACAGACUCAUUUGAGAGAAAGGAUACAGAGAGAGAUCUUUUGGCCAAACUGCUGAUUGACCUUGUGAAAUCUCAUGGUGGUACCUUAAGUCAAGCCCAGCUCAUCAAAGGGUUUGAAUCUGUUCUAAGUAAUUUGGAAGAUGUGGUUACGGAUGCCCCAAAAGCACCAGAGUUUCUUGGCCGCAUUUUCGCCAAAUCUAUAACAGAGCAUGUAGUCUCUUUGAAGGAUAUUGGGCGGUUAAUACACAACGGCGGAGAGGAACCAGGAAGCCUCUUACAGAUUGGUCUUGCAGCUGACAUUCUUGGAAGCACCUUGGAAGUGAUACAAACCGAUAAGGGUGAUGCCUUCUUGCAUGAGAUCCAGACAAACUCAAAUUUGCAGUUGCAAAGCUUCCGGCCGCCAGAGCCUAUUAAAUCCCGAAAGCUAGAGAAAUUCAUUUAGGGGAUAAGAACGGUGAAAGAUUAAUGUCUUGGUGCUUUUAGAAUACUCCAAUUUGCAAAAAUGUUUUCCUCUGGGAGUGAUGGUGGUGACAAUUUUAUUCUUGGAUUUAUGUCUAAAUAAUAUCUUUACUACAAUUAUGAAAGGUACAGUUAAGCAUCAGACAUUUUAGGCUCAGAUAUAUAACGUUUGUCAUGAGGAGUUUAAUUUUUUUAAAUCAGUAUUGUAUCAUUCAAUCAACUGCCUAUGAAAAUAUAAUGUCGUAUUGAUCUGCAACAAGAUCAACGUGUAUCCAAAAAGUUUCUGUUGUUUAGUCAAAAUACGUGUGAUGAAUGGGCAUUA